AUACAAGGUUACCGUGUAGCCCAAGUGCGGGUUAUAUUUUCGAUACCCGAGAAACAUCACACUAGCCUUUUUCCCUCCCAUAUCUUGAUCCCUAAACAUUUGGCCUACGUCGAGUGGUUUUCGCCAUUCACCGGGACAAGCGAGAGAAAUCAUGGUAUGCACAAGGUCUCGCGAUCAUACGAAAAUGGGGAACAGCUAGUUAGUAUAAUAUCUGUGAAAGAUAUUCGACGCAGUGUACAUCUUAUACCGAAAUUUGGCCGCUCUGCGCCUCGGGAUUGGACUAGCAGCAAUGUUUUGGAACUGUGUAGAGACUUUUUUGUUAGCCCAUUCACUGAUCGUCACGCAUACGCAACUAUUUACUAGCUUUGUUGACAACUUUUGAAAAUAUUAUGCGAAUUUCGAGAAAUU